CAUCGAGACAAGAAUCAGCUCGAAACAACAGUUUCAGAAACAAAUAUCAAAUCUUCCAGUAUCUUACUCUUUCAAAUCAACACAAAGAUGGCACUGAUUCCUAGCAUUUUGGGUGGUCGAAGAAGCAACGCUUUCGAUCCCUUUUCUCUGCAUUAUUGGGACCCUUUUGAGGGCUUUCCAUUUUCCAGCACUCUUUCCAUUUUACCAUCCUCUGCAAGCGAGGUCUCCUCAUUUGUGAACACCGGGAUUGAUUGGAAGGAGACCCCAGAAGCUCACGUUUUCAAGGCUGAUCUUCCAGGGCUUAAGAAGGAAGAAGUGAAGGUGGAGAUCGAGGAUGGGAGGUUGCUACAGAUCAGUGGAGAAAGGAGCAGAGAGCAAGAGGAGAAGAAUGAUAAGUGGCACAGGGUGGAGAGGAGCAGCGGCAGGUUCCUGAGAAGGUUCAGGUUGCCGGAGAAUGCUAAGAUGGAUCAAGUUAAGGCUAGCAUGGAGAAUGGUGUGCUUACGGUGACGGUCCCUAAGGAGGAAGAAAAGAAGCCAGAGGUUAAAGCCAUUGAGAUCUCUGACUAGAUGCAAUAUCCAAUCUCUGUUCGUGUUUAUUAUUGUUAUUUUCUGAGAUUGUGAACAGAAAGUAUGUUGCAAACAAUGUCUUUAUAAUCUUGAAAUUGUAUGAAUAAUAAACAAUAUAAAUUGAAUCUGUUCUU